AUGGAUAACGAUGAGAAGACAGCUUCUGAGAGAUAUCAGAAGAUAUCUCAACUGGAACAUAUUUUGAAGAGACCGGAUACUUAUAUUGGUUCAGUUGAAGUCCAAGAACAAGAGCAAUGGAUUUAUAAUGUUGAGAAUGAAUCACUAGAGGAGAAACAAGUUAAGAUUGUUCCAGGGUUAUUUAAGAUCUUUGAUGAGAUUUUAGUUAAUGCUGCUGAUAACAAGGUCCGUGACCCGUCUAUGAAACGUAUUGAUGUCAAUAUUAAUCCAGAGGAGAAUUUGAUUGAGAUUAAGAAUGAUGGUAAAGGUAUUCCAAUUGAAAUUCAUGAUAAAGAAAAAAUUUACAUCCCUGAAUUAAUUUUUGGCCAUCUUCUAACAUCUUCAAAUUAUGAUGACGAUGAAAAAAAAGUCACUGGUGGUAGAAAUGGUUAUGGUGCUAAAUUAUGUAACAUAUUCUCUACCGAAUUCAUAUUAGAAACUGCUGAUCCAUCAACUGGUAAGAAAUAUAUUCAAAGAUGGGAAGAUAAUAUGAAUACUUGCCAUCCUCCAAAAAUUACUUCCUAUAAAAAUAGUACAUCAUACACUAAGGUUUCAUUCAAACCUGAUUUGAAAAGAUUCAAAAUGGAAAAAUUAGAUGACGAUGUUGUAGGGGUUAUGCGUCGUCGUGUUUAUGAUAUUAAUGGUUCUGUUAGAGAUAUAAACGUCUACUUAGAUGGUAAACCUUUAAAAAUUAGAAAUUUUAAAAGUUAUGUCGAAUUAUAUUUAAAGUCCUUAGAAAAGAAGAAAUUAACGGAAAGCGGUGAAUCUACAGAAGAUUUACAGACACCAACAAUCCUAUAUGAAAAAGUAAACGACCGUUGGGAAGUCGCAUUUUCCUCAUCAGAAGCAUCUUUUCAACAAGUCUCAUUUGUUAAUUCUAUUGCAACAACUUCUGGAGGUACGCAUGUCAAUUACAUCACUGACCAAAUUGUCAAAAAAGUAUCAGAAGCCAUAAAGAAGAAAUCAAAAAAAACUGUGAAACCAUUCCAAAUCAAGAAUAACAUGUUCAUAUUUAUAAACUCUUUAAUUGAAAAUCCAGCGUUCACUUCUCAAACAAAAGAACAAUUAACUACUAGAGUAAGAGAUUUUGGUUCCAAAUGUGAAUUAAGCAACGUCUUUAUAAAUAAAAUUAUGAAGACUGAUUUCUUCGAUAAAAUUUUGGAUGUUGCAAACCAAAAUGACCAAAAUGCACUAAAAAAAUCUGAUGGUACAAGAAAGAUCAGAAUUACUGAAUACCCUAAAUUAGAAGAUGCUAACAAAGCAGGUACCAAAGAAGGUCAUAAAUGUACCUUGAUUUUGACAGAAGGUGACUCUGCGUUGUCUCAGGCUGUCCUAGGUCUUACAGUUGUUGGUAGAGAUUAUUUUGGCUGUUAUCCACUUCGUGGUAAAAUGUUAAAUGUCAGAGAAGCUAGUGCUGAUCAAAUCAAUAAAAAUGCUGAAAUUGAAGCUAUUAAGAAGAUAAUGGGUCUUCAACAUAAGAAGAAGUACGAGGACACAAAAUCUUUAAGAUAUGGUCAUUUAAUGAUCAUGACAGAUCAAGAUCAUGAUGGUUCACAUAUUAAGGGUUUAAUCAUUAAUUUCUUAGAAACAUCAUUUCCUGGUCUUCUAAACAUUCCAGAAUUUUUACAAGAAUUUAUCACACCUAUUAUUAAAGUAAAGAUAUCAAAGCCAAGAAAACAAACAAUACAAUUUUAUAAUAUACCUGAUUAUGAAAAAUGGAGAGAUGAAGAAGGUCAAAAUUGUACAUGGAAACAUAAGUAUUAUAAAGGUUUGGGUACAUCUUUGGGUCAAGAAUUCCGUGAAUAUUUUGCUGACUUAGACAGACACUUGAAAAUAUUUCAUCAGUUGCAAGAAGACGAUAAAAAGUUAAUUGAAUUAGCGUUUUCUAAAAAGAAGGCUGAUGAUCGUAAAGAAUGGUUGAGACAAUACGAGCCCGGUACAGUUUUAGAUCCAAAUUUAGAUGCUAUCCCAAUUAGUGAUUUCAUCAACAAAGAAUUAAUUCUGUUCUCCCUUGCUGAUAACGUUAGAUCCAUUCCUAGCGUUUUAGACGGUUUUAAACCAGGUCAAAGAAAGGUCUUGUUUUGUUGUUUUAAAAUUAAUCUGACAUAUGAAAUUAAGGUCGGCACCUUAGCGGCCAAGGUUUCAGAAAAGACUUCGUAUCAUCAUGGUGAAGAAUCUCUACAACAAACAAUCGUUGGGUUAGCUCAGAAUUUUGUCGGUACUAAUAAUAUCUAUUUAUUAAAGCCAGCUGGUUCUUUUGGUUCCAGGGCAACUGGUGGUAAAGAUGCAGCAGCUGCGAGAUAUAUUCACACACAAUUGAAUAAAGUAGCCAGAUCAAUUUUUCAUCCUUCUGAUGAUGCUUUAUUCAACUAUCUAGAGGAUGAUGGUUCUCCUAUUGAACCUGAAUGGUAUUUGCCUAUUAUUCCAAUGGUUCUAGUUAAUGGUGCCGAAGGUAUUGGUACGGGUUGGAGUACUAACAUUCCUUCAUUCAAUCCCCUUGAUAUUAUUAAGAAUAUUAGACACUUAAUGAAUGAUGAGGUAAUGGAUGAAAUGUAUCCGUGGUAUAGAGGUUGGAAAGGUGUAGUUGAGAAGGUUGAUGAUCAUCGUUUCAGAUUGUACGGUAAGGUAGAACAAGUUGGCCCUAAUGUAUUAGAAAUUACAGAAGUGCCAGCUAGAACGUGGACAUCUAGUAUCAAGGAGUAUCUGCUUUUAGGUUUAAGUGGUAAUGAAAAAACGAAACCAUGGAUCAAAGAUAUGGAAGAACAACACACAAAUGAUAUUCGUUUUAUUAUUACCUUAACCCCAGAAGAAAUGGCUAAAACUAAGAAGAUCGGUGUCUAUGACAGAUUUAAAUUGGUAUCCCAAGUUAAUUUAAAGAACAUGGUCGCAUUUGAUGCACACGGCAAGAUUAGGAAGUAUGACACUGUUCUUGACAUUUUAACUGAAUUUUAUUAUGUCAGAUUAGAAUUUUACCAAAAAAGAAAAGAUUAUAUGUCUCAAAAAUUACAAUGGACUGUUGAGAAAAUUUCAUUCCAAGUUAAAUUCCUGAAGAUGAUUAUUGACAAAGAAUAUACAGUCAGUAAUAAAGCUAAAAAGAUAAUUAUGAAAGAAUUAGAAGGAUUUGGGUUUCCGAGAAUUAACAAAGAUGGAAAACCACAUUAUGGAUCGGUCAAGAUUGAAGAGAUAGAAGAAGGGAAUGAAAUAGAAGAAGGGAAUGCAAAUGAAGAACAAGAUGACACGGUUCAUAAACCAUCUGAUAUUGUAGGUUCUUAUGACUAUUUGUUAGGUAUGAAAUUAUGGGACUUGACUAUGGAAAGAUAUGAGAAACUACGAGCUCAAAAACAAGAAAAAGAGAUUGAAUUAGAGACAUUGCUAAAGUUGAGUCCAAAGGAUCUAUGGAAUACUGAUUUGGAAGCUUUUGAAAAAGAGUACCAAGAAUUUUUGUUAUUAGAUGAAGAAUUGCGUAAUGGUGACAUACCAAGCGCCGGCAAGGGUAAGCGUAAAAGAGGUAAGGCUGGUGGUGACGAUGAUUACGACCCAUCGAAGAAAGCAAAGAAACCUAGAAAGCAAACCAAGAAAAUCAAGAUCGAAUCUGAUUUUGAAAGAGUAUUGAUCGAGCCAUCAACUAAAGUUAAGGUGAAAGCCCCAGCCAAGAUUAAGAGUGAAUCCAAAGAACCUUCACUAACACCAUCUGUAGUCAAGUCUGAAACUAGUAAAGUAGAAAGCCAAUCUCCUACCCCAGCCAGUGGAUCUACGCUAUUUGACAAAGAUAUAAAGAAAGAAGAUGAAGAACUGGGAUUAAGUGCAUUUUCCAGUAAAUUCAAAAAAAUCAGUGAAUCGUUUGAUAAACUUGAAGAUACCAGUGCAUCUGAAACAGCGACACCAAAAGCUGAAGUUAAAACUAUUACUAAGAAACCUGCACCAAAGAGAGGUAAGAAAGUUGUGUUAUCAGAUGAAAGUGAUCUAGAAAUCAGUGACAAUUCAGGAAACGAAGAUGAAGACGAAGACGAAGACGACGAAGAACCAUUACAACCAAGAAGACAGAGAUCAUCUAGAGCCACUAACAAUAACAGAAAGUCAUACACUGAAGCCAUUGAAUUAUCAGAUGACAGUUUUAUUGAAGACGACGACGACGAAGAAGAAGCUUCUGACGUAUCUUUCACAGAAGAUAACUAA